CGUCUUGACCCUGCUUACAGAAAAAACUACACCAUGUCCCACAUUAUCUCCCCUCCAAAUUUUCAGCAGCCAUGAAUAAUAACAUCUCCAUCUCAAUUCUCUCAUGGCCAUUCUCCUCUCCCUUCCUCCACACCCACCAAACCCUCCCCAAAACCCCAAUUCUGCCACCACUAAACCCAUCUCUCUCACCGCUCCCAAACGCACCUCUUUCACCACCAUCUCCAAGAGGCACUUUCUCCUUAAAACUACUUCGCUCUCCAUCAUUUCCUUGAGUACCCUAUCAUACCCAGUUGCCCAUUCUUCAGCUGAACCUUCAGUGCCACCGAAACCGGCUCUCUCGGGCAUUGCAAACACCAAGUCUUGGUUCCAGUUCUUUGGCGAUGGGUUCGCCAUUCGUAUCCCCCCACAGUUUGAGGACAUCACGGAGCCUGAGGAUUACACUGCCGGAUUGUCUCUAUAUGGAGACAAGGCAAAACCUAAGACCUUUGCUGCAAGAUUUGCGUCAUCGGAUGGAUCUGAAGUUUUGAGCGUUGUCAUUCGCCCAACCAAUCAACUUAAGAUCACCUUCUUGGAGGCCAAAGACAUUACUGAUUUAGGUUCUUUGAAGGAGGCUGCAAAAAUUUUUGUUCCAGGUAUAUCAAGUCCCCUCUCCCAUAAAGAGAGAGGGAGAGACAGAAAAGAAAAUCCCAAAAACUCUCUAAGAACUGGUUAUCUUGCUCUGCUAUCUCUGGCAGUGGUUUUUAAUUCUAGUCAUGCUGCAUUGGCAGGAGGGUCAAAUUUAUACUCUGCAAGAACUCUAAAAAUAAAGGAAGAGGAAGGACUCAGGACUUAUUAUUUCUACGAAUUUGGCAGAGAUGAACAACAUGUAGCACUAGUAGCUGCUGUUAAUAGUGGAAAGGCAAUUAUUGCCGGAGCAACUGCCCCACAGUCUAAAUGGGAUGAUGAUGGAGUGAGGCUUCGUUCUGCUGCUGUAUCACUUACAGUUCUCUAGUCAUGCUACCAUAAGAUAGCAGGCCAUUGAAAUAAAGAAAGUAACACUGCUUGACAAUCAUUGAUCAACUUUCAGCAGUAAGGCUGAAGCCUUGGCGACAAGUUCUAGGUUCUGGUUCGGCAGUUGGGGGUCAAGAAUUAAUAAUCUUGGCCAAAUUUUGGGGAUUGAGAUAUCGACAAAACUAGAGGAGAAAAAGAAUAGUAUUGAUUUUCUGUGACGAAGAGACUAUUGAUUUUCAAUUUUUCCUGCAUCCAGAUUGUUUUCUCACUCUUCAUCUGUGCAACUGCAUUACAGAUGGGAUACAAAAUGCAUCCUGGAUUUGCUUUGCCAUUCUUGAAUCAACUUUUGCUGCUUCCAGAUUCAUGGUUCCAAUGAUUAUAUAUAUUCUUCCGGAUUUGCAAAUGGUUUACUUUUUAGCAGCUUCCUUCCCAGGAAGCCUUAUAGGCAGCUAAAAACCACAUAGCAUAGAGUUGAAUGGGAAAUUGGUUUGGGGGAAUUCUACCAUUUUUUUAUUUUGUAUGAGGUCAUUUCUCGUCAAUGUUAAUCUGAAAUUUUGA